AUGGCUGCUUCUUCUCUUCUAGGCUAUGCCCAGGAGGAACAGUUGAAGGAAGAGGAGGAAAUAAAAGAGGAAGAGCAAGAGGAGGACGACAGUGGCUCAAUCGCUCAGCUCCAGGGCAGCAAUGACACAGGGACAGACGAGGAGCUGGAAACGGGCCCAGAGCAGAAAGGCUGCUUCAGCUACCAGAACUCCCCAGGAAGUCACUUGUCCAAUCAGGACGCAGAGAACGAGUCUCUACUAAGCGACGCCAGUGAUCAGGUGUCGGACAUAAAGAGUGUGUGCAGCCGAGAUGCCUUGGACAAGAAAGCCAUCCCUCCCCACAAGCUUCCAAACGAAGCACACAACUGCAUGGAUAAAAUGACAGCCGUCUACGCCAACAUCCUGUCUGAUUCCUACUGGUCGGGCCUGGGCCUGGGCUUCAAGCUGUCCAGCAGCGAGAGGCGGAACUGCGACACCCGAAACGGCAGCACCAAGGGCGAUUUUGAUUGGCACCAGGAUGCCCUAUCCAAAAGCCUGCAGCAGAACCUGCCUUCUCGGUCCGUCUCCAAACCCAGCCUGUUCAGCUCGGUGCAGCUGUACCGGCAGAGCAGCAAGAUGUGCGGGGCCGUGUUCACCGGGGCCAGCAGGUUCCGCUGCCGGCAGUGCAGCGCUGCCUACGACACCUUGGUUGAGCUGACUGUGCACAUGAACGAAACAGGCCACUAUCAAGAUGACAACCGCAAAAAGGACAAGCUGCGACCCACGAGCUACUCGAAGCCCCGGAAAAGGGCUUUCCAGGACAUGGACAAGGAGGACGCUCAAAAGGUUCUGAAGUGUAUGUUUUGUGGCGACUCCUUCGACUCCCUCCAAGAUUUGAGUGUCCACAUGAUAAAAACAAAACAUUACCAAAAAGUGCCUUUGAAGGAGCCAGUACCAACCAUUUCAUCGAAAAUGGUCACCCCUGCAAAGAAACGCAUUUUUGAGGUGAAUCGGCCGUGUUCCCCCGAUUCCACCACAGGAUCGUUUGCAGAUUCUUUCUCUUCUCCGAAGCACGCCAACUCGCAGCUGUCCUCCAACAACCGCUACGGCUACCAGAAUGGCGCCAGCUACACCUGGCAGUUUGAGGCCUGCAAGUCCCAGAUCUUAAAGUGCAUGGAGUGCGGCAGCUCCCACGACACCUUGCAGCAGCUAACCACCCACAUGAUGGUCACAGGUCACUUUCUCAAGGUCACCAGCUCUGCCUCCAAGAAGGGGAAGCAGCUGGUGUUAGACCCACUGGCAGUGGAGAAAAUGCAGUCAUUGUCGGAGGUCCCGAACAGCGAUUCUCUGGCUCCCAGGCCAUCGAACAACUCAGCCUCUGACUGUACAGCCUCAACAACCGAGUUAAAGAAAGAGAGUAGAAAAGAAAAAGCAGAGGAAACCAACAAGGACGAGAAAGUCAUGAAAAGCGAGGAAUAUGAAGAUCCCCUACAAAAACCAUUAGACCCUACAAUAAAAUAUCAAUAUCUACGGGAGGAGGACUUGGAAGAUGGCUCAAAGGGUGGAGGGGAUAUUUUGAAGUCAUUAGAAAAUACUGUGACCACAGCCAUCAACAAAGCCCAAAAUGGGGCUCCCAGCUGGAGCGCGUACCCCAGCAUCCACGCAGCCUACCAGCUGCCAGAGGGCACCAAGCCUCCUUUGCCCAUGGGAUCCCAGGUGCUGCAGAUUCGGCCUAAUCUCGCCAACAAGUUAAGGCCAAUUGCACCAAAAUGGAAAGUAAUGUCACUCGUUUCUAUGCCCACAAACCUGGCCCCAUACACUCAAGUUAAGAAGGAGUCAGAAGAAAAAGACGAAAUCGUGAAGGAAUGUGGGAAAGAGAGUCCCCACCAAGAGGCAUCGUCUUUCAGCCACAGCGAGGGGGAUUCCUUCUCCAAGAGCGAAACGCCUUCAGAAUCCAAAAAGACUGAGCCAUGUCCCCUGAAGGAGGAGGACAAGCUGAUGAAAGAGAGCGGUGAGAAGGAGAAGACUCAGCCCUUGGAGCCGGCGUCUUCUCUCAGCAAUGGCUGUGCCCUGGCCGACCACAAUCCGGCACUGCCCUGCAUCAACCCGCUCAGCGCCUUGCAGUCCGUCUUGAACAAUCACCUGGGCAAAGCCACUGAACCCUUACGCUCACCUUCCUGCUCCAGCCCAAGCUCAAGCACAAUUUCUAUGUUCCACAAGUCCAAUCUCAGUGUCAUGGACAAGCCGGUUUUGAGUCCUGCAUCCACAAGGCCGGCCAGUGUGUCUAGACGCUACCUGUUUGAGAACAACGAUCAGCCCAUCGACUUGACCAAGUCCAAAAGCAAGAAAGCCGAGUCCUCACAAGCACAAUCCUGCAUGUCCCCGCCUCAGAAGCAUGCUCUGUCUGACAUCGCCGACAUGGUCAAAGUCCUCCCCAAAGCAACCACCCCAAAGCCUGCCACUUCCUCGAGGGUCCCUCCCCUGAAGCUGGAAAUGGAUGUCAGGCGCUUUGAGGAUGUCUCCAGUGAAGUCUCAACUUUGCAUAAAAGAAAAGGUCGGCAGUCCAACUGGAAUCCUCAGCACCUUCUGAUUUUGCAAGCUCAGUUUGCCUCAAGCCUCUUCCAGACAUCAGAGGGCAAAUAUCUGCUGUCCGAUCUGGGCCCGCAAGAGCGUAUGCAAAUCUCCAAGUUCACGGGACUCUCCAUGACCACCAUCAGCCACUGGCUGGCAAACGUCAAGUACCAGCUUAGGAAAACAGGAGGGACAAAAUUUCUGAAAAACAUGGACAAAGGACAUCCCAUCUUUUAUUGCAGUGACUGUGCCUCCCAGUUCAGAACCCCCUCUACCUACAUCGGUCACUUAGAAUCCCACCUAGGUUUCCAAAUGAAGGAUAUGACCCGCAUGGCAGCAGACCAGCAAAGCAAGGUGGGGCAGGAGCUUUCCCGGGUAUCAUCGGCUCAGAGAUCUCCGGAAACAAUAGCUGGCGAAGAGGACACAGACUCUAAAUUCAAGUGUAAGUUGUGCUGUCGGACAUUUGUGAGCAAACACGCAGUAAAACUCCACCUAAGCAAAACGCACAGCAAGUCACCCGAACACCAUUCACAGUUUGUAACAGACGUGGAUGAAGAAUAGCUCUGCAGGUAUGGGUUUGCUCCCAGGCGAUUGUGACAGUGGCCUUGCAAGGAGCUUCUUACAGGGAGAUGGGUCUGCUUAGAGGCAACUAAUAUCUCCCAAUGUCAAGCAGGACAAUAGCUUGUUGGAGUAGGACUUAUUUUUAUGAAUGACCAGAACAUGAUAAAUAAGUCUUAACCACUCUCUCGAGUCCUCCAAUUUAGAGUUGGGGAACAGAAUAAAAUGGGGUGAGAGAGAUAAGUUCCCCUGAGAUACCCAAGGCAACCUCCCGGGUCCAGCCCAGGCUACCCCUCAUUUUAAUCAAUAAGUACUAACUUCUCUCACCAUCCCAUUUCACCACCCCACCUUCCCACAGCAAUACUAAUGUCUUAUAAGGUGUAAACAGGUGAGCACCAGAAUAAAGAUGGGAGAGUUGCUAGGGGCAUUCACUCUACAGAGAUUUCUUAAUCAGCUCAUGAAUACCUUAAAGUUGUCUUUAUUAUUGUUACUUAUAAUUAACACUUUUUGCAGCUUACUUUUAGCCAUUGCUACCUUCCAUCGCCUUCCCUUUGUUUAUUUCCCACAUUAAGUUUCCUAUGAAAGAGCUUAUGCCUUUAAGGGAUAAUAGGAAAAUAUUCUUCUCUGCAGAACAUUGAGAUGAAAAGAGAAGAAGCUUAUUUUCUUCUCUCAUCUUUUGGUUUUCUUUAGGACAAACUAAUAUCAGAGUCUACCCCUAGCAAAGACAGAUACAAUGCAUGCCCUUGAGAUUUUAUUUUACAUAAAGAAACAAAUGGCUUUCCUCACACCUAAUGUCAAUUCACAUGGGUCCCACGGCUUGAGAAUUUGCAUCUUAUAUCAUAUAAAUCCUGUGUCUCACAUAGUCACUGAUGUCCAGACCAUCCAUGUCACCUCCAGGAAGGAACAAAGAGGCCAAGGGCAGAUACUUUGGCAGAUUAGCCACAUCAGCCAUUUUCACAUGUCGAGUGUAAUCAAAGCUGGUCUUAGCAAAUCUCUUUCAUCUCCCUUUUUGUAUUUUUUUCUACUUCCUUUUCUCUCCCCUCCAGCAUGGUACCCUCACAUGCUAGGGACCCUCAUACAUAUUCAGGUUGUCCUUUACCUCGGGCCACACCCAAGAUGGGAACCCAAGCUGAGCUAACCCUUCUGUGCUUACCAGUCCAGUUUAUAUUGUGCUGGGUUACAGAUAUGCUCUUAAUUAAUUACUUAGCUCUUCAUUCAUUCAUUCAUUCAUUCACAAUAAGAUGUGAAAGGCUAAUAUUAGCUCAGCACAUAAGCCCUCACCACCCCCUAUUGUUAGAGUAUUUGUUUUUAAAUAGGACCCUCUCAGAUCAAGCUACAAGGUUAUGGACACUAGGAGAGUUCCAGAUAGAGGGGGUAUUUGUCUAGCCUGGCUUUGGACUCACCUCCUGUCAGGUAGAGAGAUUUACCAAGUGUGAGGCUGGCCAAAAUGAAAUAAGAGGUUAAAAUAUCUGAUCUUGGAUUUUUCCCUUAGCGAGAAGUUCUAAGUGCCUGCUAAGAGAAGACCCAUUCUAUAACUCUAACAGCUAUCUGGGCCCAAAUGAAGGCUUUUGUGUUUGCAUGUUUUUAUUAUGAUAAUUAAAUGGGUUACUGGUGAUUCAUCUCUUGCUUUCCAAGCAUGAUUUGUUCAGCUCACACUAUUGAAAGAAAAGCCAAAAUGCAUCUAUUGAAUCCACACGUGAGCUUGGAGCUCUGCAAUGUCCUAUUUAUUUGCUAUAUAACAUUUUGAAUUUUGUGUAACUUGCUAUUAUGCUUUUCUGGUUCUUUAAAAAAAAAGGUGGACAUACACAGAAUACCUACAGAGAAGAAAGGUGUUUCAUAUCCAAUAGUGGUGGGUCCAAACCAUGGUGAAGAGAACAAAUAGGUAAUACUUAUUUGUCAUAUAAUAAAGACCAAUUUUCCACCUGU